AGAAGUAUUCCAUCUUCAGGUAUAGCUGGCGUUUUAGCCGGUCAUCCAUUAGAUACUGUGAAAGUGCAGCUUCAAACUCAAGCACCAGGUCAAUACACCGGAACCAUCCACUGUUUUCGUUCUAUCAUCAAAAAUGAAGGAAUUGCUGGGUUGUUUAAAGGAAUAUCAAGCCCUUUGGCUACUCUAAGUUUAACUAAUGCUAUAAUAUUUGGAAUUUAUGGACAUAUAGUGAGACAGUUUGAAGAUCAGUGCAGCAUCAAAACCCAUUUUAUUGCUGGCUUUACUGCCGGUUUAGCUCAGUCUCUUAUUUCUUCACCUAUGGAACUGCUAAAACUUCAUGUCCAAAUUCAGAAUGAUUCGCUCGGUGUUAAGAAAUAUCGCUCGCCAUAUGACUGCUUACAAAAAGUUGUGAGCCAAAAAGGAUACAAAUAUUUAUUCAGGCAAUAUCUUUAUUAUUUUUGCACUAUUCGAGCUUUAUUUCCUUGCGUAUUCGAUUGUAGUUUCUUUCUUUGCCACACAUUUUUUUUUAGAGGUUUGUUAAUAACUCAACUUCGCGACGCUCCUUCUUUUGGUAUCUAUUUUGCUUCAUAUGAACAUAUUGCUCGAUUACUUAGCAAAGAUGGUAAUGUGGAAUCUCUUACAACUUCACAGUUGCUUUUUGCUGGAGGAUUGGCUGGAUUAUCCUCAUGGUUUUUUAAUUAUCCGACUGAUGUGGUUAAAACAACGUUCCAAGCCAAUUCUCAGCACUCCUCGUACGCUGAAGCAAUGAAAUAUAUUUACAAGACAUAUGGAAUUCGCGGAUUUUUUUCAGGACUGAAUUCUACCUUACUAAGGGCUUUUCCAUGCAAUGCUGCGACUUUUUUUACGGUUGAAUGGAGUCAUCGAUUGUUGCAGUAUAUUAACAAUGCUUUACAAAAUUCGAACCAGCAAAGGUUAACUCUUGGACCUGGACAACAAACGGUUUAUGGCUUAUGGGAGACUCAUUAUUCAUUCAUGGCGGAAGCAGGCUGCACUUUUAUUGAUCCUAUGGUACAUGGCAAUCGAUUUAUCUGA